UUGGCUUAGGGUUUGCCCCUCUCCUGUCUCCAGUCCUGUCCUUCCUUUGGUGGCUCCUCCUCCCUGUGCUGUGGUGUUGGCGGCGACGGCGAGGGAAGCAACAUGUCCAAGAAGAACAACCUCGCCAAGAGGAAGAAGCAGUACGAGUUCGACCUCCAGCGGGAGAAGGAGGCCAAGGAGAAGCAGGCCAAGAAGCUGCAAGCCAAGAAAUCCAAGAUGAAGAUAGAUGGUGGUGAAAAGAAACGUAAGGGUGGUCAGUUUAAGGUUGGGAAGAAAAAGGUGAAGACGAAACUUUCGGCCUUAGCGAAAGCCAAAGCCGCGCAAGCCAUGGAGGUCGACAAGUGACUGCAGAGCACAACAAACAUCAUCAGCUUAAGUGUCGAGCCAAUGCUGGAACUCUGAACUAAAUGGCAAAGUUCUAUGCCCACGUGAAUGAAUAGCUUUUGAGGACAGAUGGGAACCGUGUAAACUCCUAUCGGGCGCAGCUGCAGCUUGUUAACCAUUUUGCCUUUAUGUACUCGCGUGUAGUAGUAGAGUAUAAAUGUGUUUGGCAACAGAGGCCUUGUUUAGUUCACAAAAAUUUUCGUUUUUGGCUACUGUAGCACUUUCGUUUUUAUUUGACAAACAUUGUCCAAUUGGAGUAACUAAGCUCAAAAGAUUCAUCUCACAAAUUACAGAUAAACUGUACAAUUAGUUUUUAUUUUUAUCUAUAUUUAAUACUCCAUGCAUGCGACCAAAGAUUCGAUGUGUGAUGGGAAAUCUUGAAAAUUUUUGCGAACUAAACAAGGCCUCAAUAUCAAUGGUAUUGAUUCAGAUUUGUA